CACCCUCUGUCUGAAACGCUCCGUUUUAGUGCCUGUCUCUUUAAGACCCCAUCCCUAAAAAGCCCAGUCUGCUCUGAUUGGCUUGCAAGAAAAAUAUGGUGCACUUUUGCAAAGGUAGUUCUCAUGCUGUGUGCGAUAUACGCUGUGUUCCAAAUCGCAUACUGCAACCUAUUGUUGCAUGCAGGGACAUACUAAUUUGUCAUAUUAUUUUGCUAUGAACUUUGACCCUCAUGCUCAUUACUCGUAUAUACUGCGCAGAGGAUUGUGGGUCAGAAUAGCCAGAAAAGCAUGCUGGCUUGCAUACUGCAAAAUGUGAUGGGGUGCAGUAGGACAGCCUGGUAUUUUUGGCAAACUGCAUUUGAAUACUAUGAGUUGGGACACACUAAAUAUUUUUCUUUCAUACUAAAUUGUAUGGUAGUAUGUUUAUUGAAAGCACAGAUAUUGUAAUGAGUCUGUAUGUGACAUAGGAAGGGGAGCCAAAUCUGAAUGGCUUGUUGAAUCACAUGUUUCCUGCAGUCCACAAAAAACAGACUCCGCUGUCUUAUUUUACAGUUUGUGGGUUGGUAGGAACUCCAGAUACCCAAAUGUAUGUGCACAGGCACUGAAAGUGACUUUUUCAUGAUAUGUCCCCUUUAAAGCUUCAUUUGGAUAUACUGCAUGGAUGUAUUCCUAUGUAAACUCAUUUAAUAACAUUAGAGGUGUAUUGUAUCUUUGUUAAAGAUACAUUUAAAUAAAUAAACUGAAUUUUAAAAAGUGUUGUAGGUGUGUUGAGCAUGUAUGCCUGGGUUUGUGUGUUUGUGUUCCCAGAGAGUCAUGGGUGGUAGAGUGGUGUCCUCCCUUAAAGGAAGUUACGCCAACAGUGCUAUUACAAAAUUGGUCAUUGAGUCAUUCCCUGAGUGACAACUAAUAGUGGAGUAAAUGCAACCACAAGAUUGAGUGACUGAGGACAUACCAAAUGAUGUUUCAAGAAUCAGUUGAUACUAAGAUGCAAAGCCUGCAUCACAUGAUGCUGAUAGCUGCACUGAUUGUAUUUGUCCAAGACCUGAGCAGCGGAGGAGGAGCACAGGCAUGGACCUACAACUACAGCACCAGCCCAAACCGUAGAUAUCCUGAGGCCCGCCAGUGGUGCCAGCAGCACUUCACAGACAUGGUGCCCAUCCGGAACCAGGAGGAGAGUGACUUCAUCAACAAUCUGCUGCCGUUUAACUCAAAAUAUUACUGGAUAAACAUAGUCAAAAAGGGUGGAGAGUGGAUCAGGGAAGGUGAGAAAGGUGAGAAGGUGCCCGAAGAGGCUCAGAAUUGGGCACCAGAGGAGCCAGAUGACAUAGCGGGUCAGGACUGUGUGGAGAUCUACAUUAAGAGGGACAAAGAAACAGCCAAGUGGAACAAUGAGAGCUGUCGCAAGAGGAAGGGAACCGCCUGCUACACAGCCUCUUGUAAACAGGAUUCCUGCAGUGCCAAUGCAGACUGUGUGGAGACCGUAGGGGGGUAUACCUGCCAGUGCCAUCCUGGUUUCCUGGGGUCACGCUGUGAAGAGGUGAAAAAGUGCUCCCCCGUUUUCUUUCCUGUUACUGGCAACGUGACAUGUGUGUACGCUCUGGAGCCUUUCUCCUUUGGCUCACGGUGUAACUUCACCUGCCAGGAAGGCUACUACCAGACCAGAGACAACACAUUCACCUGUCUGGCCUCGGGUCAAUGGAGCAACCCUACACCUACAUGCACAGUGGUACAGUGCAACAGUUUACAGGCUCCACCCCAUGCCGACAUGCAAUGCCAGGGCCCUAUCGGCGUGAACAGCUAUGGCUCAAUAUGUACCGUGCGAUGUGAAGAAGGAUUUGAUGUGAUUGGCACAAACAUGACGAAAUGUUCUUCCCAGGGCAACUGGAGUCAUGAACUUCCUGUUUGCAAGGCUAAGAGGUGUAACCCAAUAAAUCCUCCCCAUGGCUCCCCAUCCUGCUUUGACCCAAAUGGUCCCUUCAGUUUUGGUUCUCUGUGCUCGACAACCUGUGAGGAGGGUUUUCUACUGAACGGGACAGCCAGCGCUGAGUGCACCUCCCUGGGCAUGUGGAGUACAGACAUACCACGUUGCUUGGCUAAGAGAUGUCCCGCUGUGAACUCCUCCUCUCAUGGCUCCUUAGUCUGCUCCAAUCCCCAUGAAGAUUUCAGUUUUGGUUCUCGGUGUACGUCAACAUGUGAGGAGGGUUUCGUCCUGAAUGGGACGGUUGAGACUGAGUGCACCUUUCAGGGCAUGUGGAGCACAGACAUCCCUCGUUGCUUGGCUGAGAGAUGUCCCUCCCUGAACUCCUCCUCUCAUGGCUCCUUUUUCUGCUCUGAUCCUCAUGAUGAGUUCAGUUUUGGUUCUCGGUGCACAUCAACCUGUGAGGAGGGUUUUCUCCUGAAUGGGACGGCUGACACAGAGUGCACCUCUCUGGGAACGUGGAGCACAGAAAUACCCCACUGUCUAGCACAGCCAUGCCCUCUACUGGCCGAGGCUCCACAACAUGGGAGGAUGAACUGCAGCCAUCCAUACUCCUCUUUCAGCUACGGCUCUCUCUGUGACGUUGAAUGUACUGAGGGCUUCUGGCUGAGAGGAACACCAACUGUGACCUGCAACAACUCAGGAAACUGGAGUCAAGAUCUGCCCACCUGCCAGCCUGUGCAGUGUCGAGCCAUCAGCACCUUGUCUUCAUCUCUGUCCAUGAACUGCUCCCAUCCCCUGGGGAACUUCAGCUUUGGCUCCCGUUGUCUUUUCUCCUGUGAAGAUGGAUUCUCUCUGAAUGGCUCAGAGGAGCUGUUUUGCUCCUCCACUGGCUUUUGGAACGCCAGCCUGCCGAACUGCACGGAAGAUAUGCCAAUGGGGACCGCCUUGCUGCUGUAUACAGGUGUAGGAGCAGCCUCCGCUGUACUGCCUCUCGUCCUGAUAGGACUGGCUUUGUUGAUCAUCAUGCGACUUAAGAAAAGAGGAAAGACAAGCAAUUCUUAUACACCAGAGUGGACAGACAGAGAGAAUCCGGUAUUUGGUUUGGAGACUUGAUUUUUGCAGCAAAUCAUUUAAAAUACUGCAACUUAAUGCUUGCUAUUAUUAUGUGAAGCUUGGUAGUUAAUGAAUGAUACUGGUACCAAGUAGGAUUUACAUGACAUAUUGUGAUUUCAAUUUCCACUCAAACAAUCCUUAAAAUGUAGAUAAUCAUGCACGUUUUUGCAAAACUUCACCUUUUGUUAUUAAAGACAUAAAGUUUGUGUGCAGCUUUUGCUCUGUGUCCAGCUUGUAUAUUGCUUGACUGUCAAUAAACUCAACAAUUUUAUAGUUUUAUGAAGUUUACUUUUAUCAAAUUGAUUUUUAAAUGUGUGAACAAUCUUGCUGUACUUUGUCCAAAAGUCACAAAAAUAAAUAGAAUAGCUACUAGGGGAUCAACAAAUGGUUCAGUAAUUGCAGAGUGGCACAGCGCUGAUCACUGAUCUCUGAUAGGGAACAUACAUAUGUAAAUUGAUUGCAACUUAUGAUAAUGUAAUAUGUGAUUUUAAGUACGAUUUAUUUUGUAUUAUUAUAUCUUAGAAGCCUAACCGGGGACAAGGUCUGCCAAUCAGCAACAGCUAGAAGUUCUACAUACAUUGCAUCGGUUGCACUUUAUUUAAAUGUAACAAUACCUACAUGUAUUGUCCCUGUCAAAUUAAUUAAUUAAUAAAAAAUAAAAAAAU